UAUAAACGGUGCCCACAUUUUCAAGCUGUGUGCGCUCCCUGGGGUUACGCGGCACCGCGAUCCGGUGCCCACUGUGUCCUCCGGAACGCCGAUCGCUGUACAGGACCUCUGUGUGAGGUCCUGAUCAUGUGAUCACUGAUUGGCCAAUCAGUGAUCACAUGAAUAGUAGUAAGCAAGAUUUCACUUCUGACAUCAUUGCUUACUACUUGUGAAAUCUGUGCAUGAUCACAGAGGUCACAUGGUACAAGGCUAUUCACAACAGCCUUGUACCAUGUGAUAAGCUGUGACCAAUCACAGCUCUC